UUCGCCACCUUCAAUCCCGCCCAAGAUCCCGAUGAUUUCAACCCGGCUUUUCCACCUACUCCAUCAUCAUCACCCUCAACAACCCUCUGUCAACCAUGCAAAUACACCUACACGUUCACCAAAACCAUCGUCGGCUUACUUGUUGCUGCCGGUGCUUCUCUUGUCUUGAAAGCCCCAGCUUUUGAAUUUGAUGGUCAUGACAUUCAAGACCGAUCCACAGAGAUGCCACUUCAUAGUAUCAAGUUCGAUGUCGGUCCAGAAUUUCACCAAAGGCAGCUUAAAGAGUUUACCCUGGUGGAGUUAUAUAAGGCUACCCAAAAUUUUAGCCACAUAAACAUUAUAGGCAGAGGUGGAUUUGGCAAAGUCUACACGGGUCAGUUAGCUGACUGCUCUCUAGUGGCAAUCAAAAGAAUGAAAGAAGAACGAAGUCAAGGUGCACUCUUACAGUUCAAAACAGAAGAAAUCAUUGGUGGCAUCAUACCCUCACAUCACAAUCUGCUUCCUGCGCUCGGAUUUUGCAGAAACUCAAAACCCACGGAGCUCUUGCUCGUCUACCCAUUCCUGAUCAAUAUAAGUCUGGAAAAAUGCUUGAGAAAGCGAAACGAUAAUCAACCCCCGCUGGACUGGCCUACCCGCAUAAAAAUAGCUGUGGGAGCUGCGAGAGGGCUGUCCCAUCUGCAUGAUCUGAAGAUAGCGCACCUAGACAUCAAAGCUGCAAACAUUAUGUUGGAUGAGGAAUUUGAGCCUCACAUUGGAGACUUUGGGUUGGCUAAGGUCAUAGAUGGCUAUCACGGUGGAUAUUGUGUGGAUUGCAUCGAGGGGGGACCCAUACUUCCGAGGAACGAAUCCAAAGCAGGAUCCGACAGUGGAUAUUGUGAUGUCACAACAGCGGUAAGUGGCACAGUAGGACAUAUUGCGCCAGAGUAUCUUAGUACCAGGAAAUGCUCGGUGAAGACGGAUGUCUUUGCUUUUGGGAUAAUGCUUCUGGAACUCGUCACCGGACAAAGAGCUUUCGAUCCUGGAAGGCUUGCCAUGAUGUUACUCGAUUGGGUAAACGGAUUUCUGGAAGAGCGUUGGUGGGAUAUUCCAGUCGAUCCCGAUCUGCAAGGUGCAUAUGACGAGGAGGAGAUAGAGAAAGUGAUCCAGCUGGCUCUUUUGUGCACACAAUUUGUCCCGAGAAAACGACCAUCCAUGGCACAAGUAGUCCGAAUUGUUGAAGGCCAUAGCAUCAAGGAGAGAUGGGAGGAGUAUCAAACAUGGGAGCCGAAUUGGCAUUUAGUGACAUACAAUGACUGGAUUUUGGCGGACUCCACUUCACAUCUCAGAGCUGAAGAAUUAUCUGGACCUAGAUAA